UUCACCUGACAGCAAAGCCGAGGUGAGAAAACUAGCUGAGGUCGUCGGGCUGGCCGUGAAUCUGAUCGGGAAUAGGAUCCUUCUUCGGGUGUCGAUGGCUUUGGUGAGCACGAGCGUCAUCUGCCUUGCCAUCUGCAGUCGAUACCUGGAUUAGGUAGGCUCGGAGAGCACAGCUGUUAUCCAGGCUGUUGCUCUUGGUCCGCUAUGGCACCGUUCCUCACGAGCUUCCCGCGCCGCCGUCGGUUUCUCGUCGUCGUCCCGGUGCUGGCGCUGCUAGUCUGGGCUUUGCUCCCUUCUUCUCAUAGGUUCAAUCCUCCAAGCGCGUUUUUGGAUGCUUUCAAGGGCUCAUCAAGAAUAUCUAGCGACAAAAUUCUCCGUUAUGUCGACCCCCUCAUCGGAACCGUGAAUGGAGGCCACGUUUUCCCUGGUGCUACUCUGCCGUAUGGCAUGGCGAAAGCGGUGGCGGAUUCGAAUAACCGUGGAGAGGCCGCCGCCGGGUUCGUCUCAGACGACUCAGAGAUCCAAGGCUUCUCUCACCUACAUGAUUCAGGCACCGGCGGAAGUCCCUCGCUGGGAAACUUCCCUCUCUUCGUGCACCCGGGAUGCCCUGAGGACGACUUCGCCCAGUGCAAGUAUACCUACAUAGGUAGAGCCGUCCCGAGGGUCAAGGGAACUGCCACCGCGCGACCGGGCUACUUUGCCAUCGGCCUCAAGAACACUGUGUAUGCCGAGAUGACAGCUAGCGAGCAUACCACGCUCUAUAAAUUCAGCUUCUCGGAACAGGACGAGGUGGAAUAUCGCAAUGCCGUGAUGCCCAAUAGCCCCUUGAUACUUGUGGAUUUGGCCGACCUGAGUAACUCCCGGACCGGGGGCGAUAUUGAGGUGAACCCAACCACCGGCAGAAUAACGGGGAACGCCUCGUUUGCUCCCUCAUUCGGAACUGGAUCGUAUAAAGCGCAUUUCUGUGCGGAUUUUAGGGGGGCCGCGAUCCGGAAGACGGGGACGUUUUUGCAAUCCGACGCGACCGAAGAAUUUAAAGCGAUUGGCCAUUUGGGAAGCGAUUUCUACAUCCCAUCUGGUUCGGCAGGUGCUUGGGUUCACUUCGCCCGUCCGCCCAAAGGCCAGAUCAUGGCACGCGUUGGCCUCUCGUUCCUGUCCGUGGAGAAAGCCUGUAGAAACGCGGAAGCCGAGAUCCCCGACUUCGGCUUUCAGGAUGUGGUCAGGGCUAGUGAGAGCGCCUGGAAAGAGAAGCUGUCCGUCGUGGAACCUGAUUACUCGGGUAUGAACGAUGAGUUACUGACGACGUUUUGGUCUGGGCUCUACCGCGCGCUUAUCUCUCCGCAGGAUUAUACGGGAGAGAAUCAACUCUGGGAAUCGGACGAGCCGUACUACGACUCCUUCUAUUGCAUCUGGGAUUCGUUUCGGGCGCAGCACCCGCUGCUCACCAUUGUUGACCCUGCGGUUCAGACGCGCAUGGUACGCUCUCUGAUCGACACGUACAAACACGAAGGUAAGCUACCGGAUUGCCGCAUGAGCUUCAGCAAGGGUUACACGCAAGGAGGCUCCAACGCGGACGUAGUGCUCGCAGACGCUUUUAUCAAGAAUCUCACAGAUGGGAUCGAUUGGGAACUCGGUUACGAGGCCGUCGUCUCCGAUGCCGAGGUAGAACCAAACAACUGGUCUACAUCUGGGCGGGGCGGUCUCGUGAGCUGGCACGAGUUAGGUUAUAUUCCGUACGAUGAUACGGAUCGCAAUGGCACGGGCCCCAUGACCCGUGGCAUCUCUCGGACGGUCGAGUACGCAUACGACGACUUCGCUAUUGCGCUUAUGGCGCGAGGACUCGGCCACAAGGCCGAUGAAACCAAGUACCUACAGCGUAGCCGCAAUUGGAAGAACCUGUUCAACCCAGAUCAGGAAGACCGGUUCCGGGAUGAGGCCGGUGGUGUGCAAAAGACGCAGUUCAAGGGAUUCCUGCAGCCGCGCUUUCAGAACGGUACGUGGCGAUACCAGAACACGCGGCUCUGUAGCCCGAAUUACCAGCCACACAGCUGCUACUUCGACACACAGUACGACACGUACGAGGGCAGCCCCUGGCUCUACACCUUUUACGUGCCACAGGACAUGGCGGCGCUGGUGGAGGCUCUGGGUGGGCGGAGCGCCUUUGUCGAGCGCCUGGACUACUUCCACAGCUCGGGUAUCAACUAUAUGGGCAACGAGCCUAACUUCCUGCCCACAUUCCAGUUCCACUACGGUGGGCGCCCUGGUCGCAGCGCGUACUGGGUGCACCAGUACAUACCGGCGCAAUUCAACGCGAGCGUUAACGGGAUCCCGGGGAACGACGACUGCGCGAUGGGGGCCUUCACAGCAUUCGCCUUCAUGGGCUUCUACCCGGUCGCAGGCCAGGACGUGUACCUGCUGACGGCGCCGCUGUUUCGCGAGGUCAGCAUCCGUACGCCGAGCGGGAAGAUGGCGACGCUGCGCAACGUCGCCGGUUUCGACGCACCCGAGUAUAAGUCUAUCUACGUACAGAGUGCACGGCUCGAUGGCCGGCCGUACAACCGCAGCUGGAUCACGCACGAUUUCUUUCUGAACGGCGGAACGCUCGAGUUCGUUCUCGGGCCCGAGGAGAGCAACUGGGGCACACGUGAUGAGGACCUUCCCCCGAGCCUAUCGACGGGGAUGCUGGAUUAAGCUGGGGGGACGGAUGAGCGGACGAACGGGUGAUUGAACAGCUGAAUAAGUAUAUAUAUACCUAUAUCGUCGGGACGGACGGGGCCGGGCUAGACGGAUACACCAAGCGGAAAACUGAUCCGGGGGGACGUUACUGCUGAAUAGUAUCUUCUCACUGUAUCGUAUCAAGUAGACUUUUCAGAUGGGAAUUCCUUAUUAUUAUUAUUAACAGAAUUGAAGACAUCUUAACGACCGCCGUAA